GGAUAUUGGAAGGUCAUCAAUUGUACGUAUUAUGAAUAUACUGAGAAGUUUGUUCUCCCACGAUUUUGUGUUACACAAAACAUGGAAACGUUUUAUAAACCUUCAAGAAUUUCAGUGCAAAAAGUUGAUGUCCGACUAUGGGAUUAACGUACAGAGGUUUGUGCUUGUUAGAAAUCGUAAUGAAAUUGAUACAACAAGAAACGCCUUUAAAGUUAGAGAGUAUGUUAUUAAAGCACAGAUUCCAGCGGGUGGCAGGGGGAUUGGUGUUUUUCGUGAUGGCUUCAAAGGUGGGGUUCAUCUUACGGAGGACCCAGAUAAAAUGGCACUCACAGUUUCGAAGAUGCUUGGAAAUCACCUAGUAACCAAGCAAACGACAUCGUCAGGUAUUCUCGUCAGUCAAGUCAUGGUAGCAGAGGCACUCGAUAUACACCGCGAAACAUAUUUUGCUAUUUUAAUGGAUCGAACUUCGAACUCUCCAAUCAUGAUAGCGUGUAGUCAAGGUGGAAUGGAUAUUGAAGAAUUAGCAAAACAUUGUCCAUCUGCCAUUACUAAAGAACCUAUUGAUGUAACUGUUGGUGUAACUGAAGAUCAGGCAUCAAGAUUUGCUAAAGCUUUGGGGUUUACUCCACAGACAAAAUUGUAUGAAGAUACGUGUGAACAAAUUCGAAGACUGUACAAAAUGUUCACAGCCUUAGAUUGUGUUCAGGUUGAAGUUAAUCCUUUUGGUGAAACAAAGGAUGGUCAGAUUGUGUGUUUUGACGCUAAAUUAGCUUUCGACCAGAAUGCAAUAUACCGCCAAGCAGAAGUUCAUAAAAUGGCAUUGGAAGUUGAAGCUAUUGAAGUGGCCGCUGCUGGUCCAAACAGUGUAACAGCUUUGGAAGCAGAUGCUACACAUAAUGGCUUAAAUUAUAUUGGUCUAAAUGAUGGUAAUAUUGGUUGCAUUGUUAAUGGAGCUGGACUGGCUAUGGCUACAAUGGACUUGAUUCAUUAUCAUCAUGGUAAACCUGCUAACUUUCUUGAUUUGGGGGGAGGUGUUAACGUGUCUCAAGUUGAAAAAGCAAUUCACUUACUUGCCAGAGAUUCCCGCAUUAAUUGCAUCCUAGUGAAUAUAUUUGGUGGAAUCGUUAACUGUAAAAUAAUUGCCGAAGGUCUUAUAUCAGCUUUGAAGAAUGGUAUGAUCAGUAUACCAGUUGUUGUCAGGUUGCAGGGUAAUAAUGCUUUUGAAGCUCAAUCUCUACUUUCAAACAGUGGUUUAGAGCUUAUUGCUGCCAAAAGCUUGGAAGAAGCGGCGUCAAUCGCAGUUAGCAAAGCAGCGUGUACACAUCAUGAUUCGUUGAGUUAUGCUUCAGUCGCCUAAUCUUAUCAGUACAUGAAUGUCUAACAUACAACUCACCUUUUAUGACUUCAUCUGAUCAUUUAACAUUGUAUCUAUCUGAAGAUGUUAUGAUCAUAAUAUUACAAGUUACUUUAAGAAGUUAAUCAGUCUAAAGUAUUCUGAAAGACACCUAAAAUUUGAGAAUGUAUUUGGUGCCUUUCAUUACUUUUGUCCUGGCAACUGUAUAAAUCUUGUCUCCAAAAUAAAGAUCUGACAUCAUGAUAUUGAACAAGCAUUUUCAUAA